AUGCAAGCUUCCUAUCUUAUUCUAAAUUUAAUAUUUUUAUAUACUUCUAUAUAUGUUCAAUGUUUUAAUAAUAAUAAUGGAAGUAAAUAUGUAAUUCCUUAUCAAUGUAAGUUGCCAUUAGUAAAAGGAAAUUGUAAUGAUAAAUAUACAAAAUAUUUUUAUUCACCUAAAAAGGGAACUUGUAAAAAGUUUAUCAUUACCGGUUGCAUAAAUACUAAAAAGGGAUUUAAUUCAAUGAAAGAUUGUAAAGAAAAUUGUUUAUCAAAUAAAGAACUUGAAAAAAGGGAUUCUAAUUACAAUUUAUUAAUUGGUUCCUCAGGAGAUUUGAUAAAGAAAACAUUGACAAAUAAAAGUAUAAAUGAUGCCUUAGAAAAUGAUAUUUGCAAAAAAUGUGACUCAUUUGCUGGUGAAUGUAGGGAUAAUAAAUGUUUUUGUAAAGAUGGAUAUCAAGGUAAUGGAUUUAAAUGUCGAGAUAUUGAUGAAUGUUCUGAUGUAUCAAAUAUGAUUGAUGUUGAAUGCCCACCAAAUUCAUAUUGUGUUAAUACUAUAGGUUCUUAUAAAUGUGAAUGUCUCCCUGGGUAUGGUGGUGUUGCUGGAAAUUGUACAAAAGCUAAGGAUGUUUGUUAUCAACCAUUUGACAAGUCAUUAGAAAAACAAUGUCAUGAUAAUGGACAAUGGGAAUUAAGAUACUACUAUGAUAUUGAGUUUGGUGUAUGUACACAAUUUUGGUAUGGUGGAUGUCAAAUAUCACAUGCACAAAAUGUAUUUAUAGAUAUUCAAAGUUGUCAUUCAGUAUGUGAAGGCAUCUCAUUAAAUAAUAUAAAAAUGAAUGAAGACACAAGUCUUUCUUUUACAAAACUAUCAAUAUCAGAUUUAUGUUUAGAGGAAUUUGAUGAAAGAAGAAGAGAUAUUUGUGAUAAAGGUGAAUGGAGGGAAAGAUUUUAUUAUGAUAAAAAAAAAGGAAAGUGUCAACAAUUUUGGUUUGAUGAAUCAUGUUCUUCUGAAAAAUUUAAAUACUCAACAAGAAAUAUAUUUGCUCAUUUAUCAACUUGUAAAAGAAUAUGUGAAUUAGUUGAUAAUACUGAUACAUUUAUUCCUAAUCAUAAAAUAAAUGGAAAAAAAUAUGGUAAAAUAAGUGCAACAUUUACUGUAACAAAAGGUGAAAAUCCCAAUUAUUGGGAAAAUAAAAAUAAUUAUGUUAUUAAAACAACUACAACUACAACAGAAAUUCCUUCAAUAAUAAAAAAAGAAAAUAUAAAAGAAAUUAUUACAUCUACUACAUCAAAUAAUAUUUUUAAUUUAGCUGAUUUUAAAACAGGAAAUCAAUCGUAUACAUAUUUAAAUGCAGCAGUUAUCACAAAAUAUAAUGAUAAUGGUAAAGAUAAAAAACUUGAUAAAGGACAGAUGUACUCUGAAAAACAUAAUUUACCAAUAUCUAUAACAAUAGAAUGUUUAGAUGAUUUUGAUACAAAAUUAGCAGAUUCAUGUUCAAAAGCUACUGAAAAUGUUCAAUGGAAUAAAAGAUGGUAUUUUGAUAAAGAUUUUAGGCAAUGUAAAUCAUUUUGGAAUGAUGGAUGUCGUUCAUUAACAUCUAAAAAUAAUUUUGAUACAGAAGAUGAUUGUAAAUGGAAAUGUGAAGGAAUUCAUCCCUCACCAAAAGGUCGGUCAUGUUUAGAUAAAUUUGAUAUAACUUAUCUUUCUGACUGUAUGCAUGGACAAUACUAUAGAAGAUGGUAUUUUAAUGAUGAAACAAAGAAAUGUGAAAUGUUUUAUUUUGGUGGAUGUCGAUCAGCCUCAAAAAAUAUUUUUAGUGAUGCUAGAGAAUGUAAAGAAACUUGUGAGACACCAUCACGCGAAUUAACAUCAAUAUGUGAUGAAAAUUUUGACCAAAAUUAUGAAAAUAGUUGUUCUAAAGAGGGAUUAUUUUCUCAGUAUUAUUAUUUUGAUAAACAUACUAAAACAUGUAAAAUGUUUUGGUAUGGACAAUGUAAGGGAGAAUCAAAAAAUAUAUUUUCAAGUUUAACUAAUUGCCAAUGGUUAUGUGAAAGAAGACGUGAUAGUCAUAUACCUAGUAGUUGUGUUGAUAAAUUUGAUAAACAUUAUAUGGAUAGUUGUGGUUUAACACCAUGGACAAAAAAAUGGUAUUUUGAUCAUAUUACUGGUGAUUGUCAAGAUUUUUGGCAUGAUGGUUGUAUAUCUGAUAGUAAAAAUUUUUUUAAUGAUGAAAAAAGUUGUAAAUGGCAAUGUUCAGAACCAUCAUCAACUGCUUUAAAUCAAAUAGAAAAUAAAUUAAUUUUUCAUAUUGAAUCAUCAUUUGAAUCAUUCCGUUGUUUAGAAGAAAAAGCUGUAGGAAGUUGUAGAGAAUCUUUUCCAGCAUUUUAUUAUAAUAAAUAUUCACAUAGAUGUGAACCAUUUGCUUUUUCAGGUUGUGAAGGAAAUAGUAAUAGAUUUUUAACAUUACAACAAUGUGAAAAUAGUUGUAAACGAUUUAAUCAUUUAACAGUUGAAGAAAUGAAUUGUUUUUAUCCAUUAUCUGUAGGACAUGGUCGUCAUGAAAAAGAAUGUUUACAUAAUGCAGGAUAUAGAUAUUAUUAUAAUCCUGAUGAAGAAACAUGUAAAAGAUUUUGGUAUUUUGGAUGUGGAAGUAAUCCAAAUAACUUUUUAACUCAUUCAGCUUGUGAAAUGACAUGUAGUUGGACUAGAAGAAGAAGUCUUGAAGAAGAAAAACCAAAAUCUGUUGGUGCUUGCUUUUUACCAAUAGAAAAAGGUAAUUGUCUUCAUAAUGAUGAGAUGCCAUCAGAUAGAUGGGGUUAUAAUCCAAAUACAAAAAAAUGUCAACCAUUUAAGUACUCAAAUUGUGGUGGAAAUGAUAAUAAUUUUGGAACACAAUAUCAAUGUGAAAGUAUUUGUGGUGGUUUAAUUGCACCAAAUGACAAAAAAUGUGCUUUCUAUCCUGAUUGGGGUUCAUGUAAUCAACUACGUUAUAUGUGGUAUUAUAAUAUGACUUCUGGUACCUGUGAUCAAUUUUUAUAUGGUGGAUGUGAAGGUAAUACAAAUAGAUUUUCAACAUUUGAAUUAUGUCAAAUAACUUGUGAAGUUCCUGGUGAAGAUAUAUGUUCUGAAAAACUAGAUCGAGGUAAAUGGUGUGCUCCAAUGUCAAAUAGAUAUUAUUAUCAUGCAAAAUCAGGGGUAUGUAAAGGAUUCCAUUAUACAGGUUGCGGUAAAAGUUCAAAUAAUUUUAAGUCUAUUGAAGAAUGUGAAGAUGUUUGUAUUAAAAAAAUAAAAAGUAGCGGUGUAUUAGAAAUAACUGAAAAAAAGGUUGAAAAUGUUACAUCAUCUAGUAAAUAUAAAGGAAAAAAACCAAAAGAAAAACAAUUAAUGAAUAGACAUAUAACAUUAAUUGCUUCAAAUGUUACAUAUUUUAAAACAAAUCCAUUAUCAGCUGACUAUGGACAUUGUUUAGGUUUUAGAUACAAUAUAACUGGUGACUUUUCAAAACUUAAUGCUUACCUUUGUUUAGUUGAAGAAAAUGGUAGUUGUGAAAUGCAAGUUUUAAGGCAUACAUCACGUAAUGAGCAUUGUACUCUCCUUCGUCCAUGGCUUCGUGGAACUCACCUUUAUACAUGGUUUUUUAUGUUAGAAAAAUCACCAUGGAAAAGAUCUGAAAAACAUCUAAGACCCCAAUUUAAAAAUGAAACAAUUGCAAAUAUAUUGAUUCUUCCAAUUAAUGACUGCUAUAGUGCUUGCUAA